AAUUCUGUGCAGGGAGUGCCCUUAUUCAGUGCGUGUAUAGACUCUCUGCUGGAGGUGACAAGUUUAUGUUCUGCAAUAAACCACUCAAAUGGACCUCUGUAUUUUCUUUUGAUUGUCAGUAGAGGAUUGAAAACUACCAACAACAUAAUAGAUGUAUAUGAGAAAUAGAGAGCCUUAAAGUUUGAACAUCCAACAUGGCAAUUGUGAUAAAGUAUCUAAAAGAAUUGACAUUUCUUGUGUUACUCGCCAUCUUGGGUUUACUCACUAGAUUACACUUCAUGCACACAAAAUAUUCCACUGCAUAUAUCAAAAAUACAGAAGAUAAAACCUUAAACAUGUUAACUCCUGAUGAUGUCCUGGGUGAAGGAAACGGUGUCAUACUAUUUGAGACAACUGACAGGAUGAAUCCUCCUCCUUUGGUGCUGUGUUCAAUUGAGUCAGCUGCUCGUGUAUAUCCUGAACGACCAGUGGCUUUUUUCAUGAAGGGUCUGCCUGACAUUGAUUCAACUGAUUAUCAAGCACAAGCACGCAGGACAUUUCCAACUCUCUCACCUUAUAAAAAUAUCUACUUCUUCCCUCUUAGAAUGGAUGAAUUGUAUAAAGAUACCCCUCUUCUGGACUGGUAUAAAAAGAUUAAUCCCAAGAAGGAAAUAUAUUGGAUUAAUGUAAGCGCCGAUGGUUCAAGAUUAGCUUCUAUAUGGAAAUAUGGUGGCUUAUAUCUUGAUGCUGAUGUAAUCUCAAUGCGACCAGUUCCACAUGAGAAUUUUCUUGCAGCAGAAACUUUAAGUGUUUGCAGCAAUAGUGUUUUUGGACUUAAUCGCCAUCAUAACUUCACCUGGAAAUGUAUGGAAGACUUUGUGAAAAACUACAAGGGAGAAAUAUGGGGAUAUCAGGGACCAUCCCUCUUUACACGUAUUAUGAAACAGUGGUGUGUGCUGCCUCCAUUUAAAAAUACAGAAGAUGUCACUUGUGGUAAUAUCCCCUACUUAAACCCUCAACGUUUCUAUCCUAUUCCUUGGGGAACUUGGACAAGAUACUAUGAUGUUUGGGAAGAGUUACCAUCUUUUAAUAACUCAUAUUCUUUGCAUAUUUGGAAUUAUAUGAAUAGAAAUAAUGAAAAAACUGUGGUUGCUGGAAGUAACACGCUCAUGGAAAAUCUUUUUCAGCGCUACUGCCCAACAACCUAUGCAUCUCUAUUAAAUAAUCAUAAAAAACCACACUCUCCUUUAAUCUCACGUGCUUAACUGGUCUUGAUGUGGGCAAUACCUCAGUCAAGCAACAGGCAAAAGAAAGUGAUGGUCCUGGCACUCAAGGUUAGGUAACAAGCAGAUUUAUUAUACAAACACAGCAUCUGCCAUUCUCCAAUAGAUCUGCUUCUUACUUAACCUUGAGUACCUGGACCAUCCCUUUCUUGCCUACUGCUCAUAAAUAGAUCUGUUUAUUAAAUAUAAUGGAAUUAUAAUGAUAGGUACCUUGACCCCAGGCUCAAGCUACUAAGAUGACUUGUGACAUUCUGUGGUUUUCGAGGAGACAAUUGCAACUUCCCCCAUUAACCCACCUUCUGAUGUCCAAAUGUUUUUAUAUAUAUAAAUA